AAGAAUAGGGGGCAGUUGGAGGUGUCCCAUUGGCAUGUUUGUCCUCUGGCCGUUCAGCCUGUGUGUCUCUGCUCUGCACACAGACGCUCUAGGGAGAAGAAAGACCGUCUAAAAAUAAACUGACAAGCACCACCAGCAGAAAAACAAACUGACGAAUACAACAAGAGGACAAAGAGGAACUUCCCAUUGUUUCUGUCUCUUUCACCCUGUCUGAGACUUUCUCUCUCGCCACUCAGUUUCUGUGUCUGUGUCCUCAUUUUGGCUAGAGAGGAGGUCAUGUCCCAGUCUGGAAAAGUACUUAAUUUGUAUGUAGAGGUGAGGUCUGCCCCAGAUCAGGCAGGAGGGAAGGAAGGGAUUGCUCAGGGGCAUUCGGUUCAGGACAGUCCAAAUGAGCUCCUGUCUCAGCUAUCAAGCCAGACCUCCGUCACUAAGACCUCCACAGCUCAGCGUCUCCUUCAAGACUGCAAACAUAACCAGUCUCCUUAUAGAAACGUCCAGCUCCAGCAAGCCAGCAGCUCCCCUACAGUGUCCAAGCGUUGGAGUGCACCGUGUGAUGAAGCGUCUGCCUUUCGCUCGCCACAAAUGAUGUCCUCUUCGGGAAAGGUUAACGCCCCUCACACUCCUCCCAACUGCCAGAGGUUCAACGAGGGGAAGGUCAGUGAUGGUACGCGCUCUGUGGUUACCUUUAGUUACAUUGAGAAGUCCAACGUGAACAGUCCAUGCAAAAGAGGUACUAUAGAGGAAAGAUCCACCCCUUCUCACUUUCGUAAAAGACUCAGCGACCCAAUUUGGUUUGGGAGUCCCAAUUCAUCGUGCAGCUCCAGUCCCAAGCAGACUUUCCGAUCUCCAGGAAGUCACCAGCAGACGUUCUCUCCUGGACUCCGCCAAUCAGCUUUGGAUCCCAUCGGUAGGGCAGCUACCCAGAGGGCUGUGGAGGAGUUUGGCUCCCCUCUGUUGAGGAUUAAGCUGGCUCAUGCACUUGAGCAGGCCGCAUCGUCACGCUAUAACCAACAGCCGCGCUGUCAGUCCUGGGCUGGGUCUCCUGUCCAGCGUCAGAACAUGGGUGUCCUCAAAGACCACUUCACGGAGAGGAGCCAGGCUGUUUGUGGGCUGCCUCGGAGCCCUGCGUCAGACCAGCUAUCCUCCAAGUCCAGGCAGUCAUCUAACGUGAAGCCUGAGUCUUUCGGUGAGUCCCAGAACCCUCUUCACUGGUCUGCAGAGGACAGAACUGUAGUCCGAAGUCCAGCCACGAAAAUAAAUGUCCACCGAUCUUGCAACAGAAGCACUUCGCCGCAGGCAGCAAUCCUCCAACUUGGCAAUAAUGUAGUUGAGGGCUUGAAUCAAUUAAGUGACAGUAAACCCUCCUCUCCGGCUCAUAGCCCUGAGGUAGCCCGGAGGCUAACAGAGGAGGCUACCAAAGUAUCUUCUAUUUUCACAGAGGCACGAAAGUCCUCAUUGCACAACGCUUUAGGAGAGCCCGUUGGAGAACUUCAACAUUCAGCACCAAAUGCACAACUCAAACAAACGCUUAAGAUGAACAUCCCUUUAAAUGACCAACAAACACCAGCAACUGACAACACAGACUCUCACCAGCCGGAAAACUCUCUCUCUCAAUCUAUCUUGCACUCGCACGAAACCAACUCCAGUACUAAUCAUCAAACACACCAGGAGGACUUCAUUCAGAAGUCCCACCCUCAGAGCUCGAUUUUAAGUUCCCCUGCCAUACCUUCGCGAGUUUUACGUCCUUCUCAUCCUCCAACUGAGUUCAGCUCUCCCAUAAGGGACCCCAGGCUAUUCCAAGCAGAACUCCGAGCACCGGAUACCCCCACCCUACAUCGCCGGCAGCUCCCGAGGUACACCGGAGACUCCUGGUCCCCUAGCUUCGAUAAGAGAGGAGACCUGAGCUGUUUCGACAGAGGGGACUGCACUGAGCUCGCUAGGAGGCUAUUCAUCAAUCAGAGUGUUGAGGAGGCACCAGUUAGCUGGACGUCCAGGCAACAGUGGGGGAAUGAGGUGGAGAACAGCCCGAUGCCGAGCCCUGUGGCUGGUCUAGGGUGCAUCGAUGACCAAACUCCUGAUUGUCCAUCUGGUCACCAUCGCAGACCGCUCAGUCCGACAGCACAGCAGAAACGAGCAGAGCAGAGGAGGAGAGAGAUCCUGCUUCUGGGCCCUGUAGCGUUGGACUCUCCAGAGGAGGAUGAGGGUUGUGAUGAGGAGGGACAGGGCAAUGAGAUGGAGGGAUUUGAGGCUGAGCAGCAGGGGGUAGGGGAGGCUCCAGAGGCAGAGCAGAACGGAGCCAUGGGAGGUUCGUCCUCGCGGAGCUCCAGCGGGGUGACAGGAAGCCUGGGAGACAGAGACUGUGUGUCCCCUGAGUCUAGUCAGUCCAGUCACCAGAGCAACGAGACCGGGGCCGCCACCUCAGGAAUACAGACGGACAGUGGCUGUGCAUUGCCUGUGCCCUCGCUCCAUUGUCAAAGGAUCGCUCGUGCCAAGUGGGAGUUUUUAUUUGGGACCCCUGCUGAGGAGGCUGCUAGUAGGGGAGAGAAAAAUUCUCUGGAAGCCUCCACAGCUCCUCCCAGUGGUAACUCCAGCGAGUCUCCCACACCAACUCCCCCUUCCUCCCUCCCUCUGCUUUCUGCCAAUCACAAUGUACAACAAGUUGAGGUAGAGCUGGUGACCCCUCCUCCAGCUGUCAUCGGGACUUCCCCCAAAACUGGCAUUAUUCGCCGGACCUUAAAGUACUCAGAAACUGACCUUGAUGCAGUUCCCCUUCGCUGCUACCGAGAGACGGACAUAGACGAGGUGCUGCUGGCGGAGCUGGACGACGCCGACUCUGCGUUUGGGAGUAACCGCAGCGUCCAGGGCAUCUCGGGUACAGGCAGCAGCCCACUGGGGGGUCUGACUUAUGGUAGGACAGAUGGGGAGGUCACAGAGAAGAGAAGGGGAGAGGGUGAGGAGGAUGAGGAAGAAGAGGAGGAGGAGGAGGAGGAGGAGGAGGAAGAAGAAGACGAGGAAGAAAUGGUGAGCUGGGCCAGUGUGAGGAUGCAAGGAGACAACAGGAAGCAGCAGCAUGCAGCUCAGGAGGACCCAGAGGUGUUUGGUCACAUUAUGAAGAGACCAAUGGCAACAUUUUUUGACAACCACCACCCGGCCCUGAAAUCCCCCAUCUUGGUCUCCGGCCCUCGCUGUGCUGCAGAGGACACCUUCAGCCGCCACUUUGAGAGCAUCAUGGAGUCUCACCGAGCCAAAGGCACCUCGUACAACAGCCUGGAUAGCGAGGAGCUGCUUACCUCGAGCACCCAAACCGUCCUGACCUUUGACCUGCCCACAUUAACCCCUGCCAUCCACGGUCCGGUCUGCCAGAGCACCAGGCAGAUCGUCCAGCUCAGCUUCGCCCCACUGGCACACGAUGAGAGGCCCAGUAUCUCCGAUUCAAUCUUUACCAUGACUGGGGACUCGGACGCCACCAGAGCCCCGUCCAGCGAGAGGCUGAGCAGCGGUUCGGACGACACGCCACCCAAAGGACGAGGGUAUUCACAGCUGGGGAGCAGCUGGUACAGCAACCCUUCUUUCUCAUUACCAAGCAGGGACAAGGCCCGUCUGGCGACAGAUUCGGAGCUGGACCAGGACCUCAGUGAGCGGCUGGGUCUGGGCAGCAGUGAGACCCUCACCAAUGGCAGCCACCGUGCUGACGUGGCAGCCGCCAGGCGCCUGGCCAAACGUCUCUUCAACUUGGACGGCUUCAGGAAGUCCGAUGUGGCGCGGCACCUCAGCAAGAAUAAUGACUUCAGCCGAAUGGUUGCAGAAGAGUAUCUGAGCUUCUUCGACUUUGCGGGCCUCGCUAUUGACCAGGCAUUGCGGACUUUCCUCCGGCAGUUUGCCCUGAUGGGGGAGACUCAGGAGAGGGAGAGGGUGCUGGCACACUUUUCUAAGCGUUAUUUGGACUGCAACCCAAAAGUCAUACCAUCAGAGGAUGCAGUUCACACUCUCACCUGCGCCAUCAUGCUGCUGAACACUGAUCUACAUGGUCAGAACAUCGGUAAGAGGAUGUCGUGCACGCAGUUCAUCAGCAACCUGGAGGGACUGAACGACGGCCAAGAUUUUCACAAGGAUCUGCUUAAACUGGCUUUCACCACAUCUCCAGAGGCCUCCAAUCAGAAGCCUGCCUGCACCCAACACUUCCUGGUAUACUCCAGCUGA